AUGGAUGAACGCAUGGAAAACUUCAUCACCGGAAAUACCUACAGCCCCCUCGAUGUCAUCGGCGAAGGCGCGUACGGCAUCGUUUGCUCAGCAAUACACCUGCCAACUCAGCGUAAAGUUGCAAUCAAACGCAUCGCACCCUUUGAGCAUUCCAUGUUCUGUCUGAGAACCCUUCGCGAGAUCAAGCUUCUGCGCCACUUUCGUCACGAAAACAUCAUUCGCAUACUUGACAUCCUUUACCCCCCAAGUGUUUAUGAUUUCAAUGAGGUGUAUCUUGUGCAGGAGUUGAUGGAGACCGAUCUGCAUCGUGUCAUCCGGACACAGGAACUCAGCGACGACCACUGCCAGUACUUCAUAUACCAAACCUUGCGCGCUUUGAAAGCGCUUCAUUCCGCGGACGUCCUCCACCGGGAUUUAAAACCGUCGAAUCUUUUGCUCAAUUCCAAUUGUGAUCUCAAGAUCUGUGACUUUGGCCUGGCUCGCUCUGCUCGUCCGCCACCCGACAUUGACGACACGAGUACAUUCAUGACCGAAUACGUCGCUACCCGGUGGUACCGUGCACCAGAAGUUAUGCUUACCUUUAAAGAAUACACUCGCGCCAUCGAUAUGUGGAGUGUCGGAUGUGUUUUGGCUGAGAUGUUGAGCGGAAGACCUCUCUUUCCGGGCCGGGAUUAUCAUCACCAGCUUUCAUUAAUUCUCGAAACCCUCGGGACCCCUUCGAUAGACGACUUUUACGCGAUCAACUCCUCAAGGUCACGAGAAUAUAUUCGGGCACUACCUUUUAAAAAGAAAAAGAGCUUUGCGCAAAUGUUCCCAAACGCAAAUCCACUUGCUAUUGACCUAAUGGAAAAAUGCUUGACUUUCAGCCCAAAACGACGUCUGCAAGUUUCGGAAGCCCUGCAACAUCCUUACCUACAGCCCUACCACGAUCCCGAAGAUGAACCCACUGCCCAACCCCUAGAUCCAGCGUUCUUUGACUUUGACUUUGGUGAUCCGUUGCCAAAGGAGCAGCUCAAAGUGCUCAUAUACGAAGAGAUUACACGAUCGGACGAUGGACGGCCUCCGCUCCCCCUCGCUGAAUACAGAUAA